CCUCCCGCCCCGAGUUGACCCGGAAGCGCUGACCCGGAAAGCGCUGAUCCGGAAGUGCUGUGCAGGCGCCGCUUGUUCUGCGUCGGAGUGAGGAGAUGGCGGCUGUGUCCGUGCUGCGGGCGCCUAGCGGCGGCUUCAGCUUCGACAACUGUGCUCGGAACUCUGUCUUGGAGACCGAGCUCACUCGGAGUGGGUUGCGCUUGCCCGCUGCCCGCAAGACUGGCACCACCAUCGCCGGUGUCAUCUUCAAGGAUGGCGUGGUCCUCGGAGCAGAUACGAGAGCUACUGAAGGAAUGGUUGUGGCUGACAAGAACUGUUCCAAAAUACACUUCAUUUCUCCGAAUAUCUAUUGCUGUGGUGCGGGGACGGCUGCCGAUACUGAUAUGACAACACAGCUGAUUUCUUCUAAUCUAGAGCUCCACUCGCUCUCUACCGGACGACUCCCAAGAGUUGUAACUGCUAAUCAAAUGCUGAAGCAAAUGCUUUUCAGGUACCAAGGCUACAUUGGUGCCGCCCUGGUUUUGGGGGGAGUAGAUGUCACGGGCCCUCACCUUUACAGCAUAUAUCCCCACGGAUCGACUGACAAACUGCCUUACGUUACCAUGGGUUCUGGAUCAUUAGCAGCUAUGGCCGUGUUUGAAGAUAAAUACAAACCGGACAUGGAGGAAGAGGAAGCCAAGCAGCUUGUGAGAGACGCCAUCGCGGCUGGCAUCUACAACGACCUGGGCUCCGGCAGCAACAUCGACAUCUGUGUCAUUAGCAAGAACAAGCUGGAUUUUCUCCGUCCAUAUGAUGUGGCCAACAAAAAGGGGGAUAGGUAUGGCAGAUACAGGUGUGAAAAGGGCACUACUGCUGUUCUCACCGAAAACGUGGCACGCCUGGAAAUCGAGGUGGUGGAUGAGACUGUACAAACCAUGGACACAUCCUGAGCCACCGCUGGAGACCAGCGCUAGAGCUGUUCAGGAGCCUUCCGGCAUCAAGAGAAAGGUGCAGUGGGUACCGAAUAAAGAGGGUUCUGACUGUUCUUCUCAGUCCUG